AUGGUCAUAUUCAGAGAAAAUGGCAAAGGUCAGUCGUACCACGAUGAAGUUAAAAAUCAGAAAACUACCUACAACCCCAGUGGACCUCUUAUCCUGGAAUGUGAAGUACAGGAAGUCAUCAAUAAACUUAAAGAAAGGAAGAAAAAACAGGCUACAGCCAACUCAUCUGUAGGGGGUGUAGGCAUUUUGCUUUCACCAAAAGCUAUGGAGAAUUUAUUGAGCAUAGAGAAGAUAUCACCAAGAGUUGUUAUUGCCGACUUCAGGGGUAAUCCUAGAACAACGGUCAUAUCUUGCUAUAGUCCCGACAACAAUAGUUCCGAUGAGGAAACAAACCAGUUUUACAAUACUCUACGUUCUACUCUGGAGAAUGUUCCAACUCAAAACUUUCUCUUAGUAACAGGGGACUUCAACGCUAAGCUUGGAACGGAUGAUGCUAAAUUCACCUUCCAUACAUUAACCAACCGUAAUGGUGAGCAUAUGGUUGACUUAAUGGAGAAAUUUAAUCUCUAUCCAGCCAACACUAAGUUUAUGAAGAGCAAAAAUCAACUAUGGACCUUUGAGUAUCCAAAUGGCAGCAGAGCCCAACUAGACUUCAUUCUGGUCCGUAAAAAGUGGCAGAACAGCAUCAAGGACUGCCGAGCAUACUCAUCUUUCUCUUCCGUGGGAUCUGACCAUCAAAUUGUCUCUGCAAAAGUUAAACUGAGUUUUAGAGUUUCGAAGAAACCAACAGCAGAUCCCAUGACAGCCAUUGACUGGAAAGUGGUCUACCCUAAUGAGGAGGUGGCUCUAUCUACACUCCCCAAAAAAACAAAGUCACGAAGAAAUCCAGACAUCAAAAUCUCAGAAGCUCGAGAAAAUCUCAAGAAAAUCUCAUCAAUGUACCACCGUCACCCUUCUCAGAGCAAUAGGAAGAAAUUAACAACUGCUAAGAAGUCCCUCGACCAUGCUUAUCUUGAGGCAAAAGAAGCUUAUAUAAAUGGGAAAAUAACUGAAAUUUCCCAUCUUCAUAUCAACCAACAACACUCUGCAGCCUGGAAAACUAUAAAUGAACUAGCGGGAAAAAGUUCAAAACCUCCACCAACAAUUAAGGGUGGCAGCCGAGAGCAACGGCUUGGAGAGUACACCAUCGCAGAGUUGAAAUGUGUUCUGAAAAAGCUAAUCAACAAGGUUCUUGGUCCAGAUAAGAUCCCUGCCAUCUUGUGGAAGGAUUCUAUUUUUCAUCAAUCACUUCUUGAUCUGUGUCGUUCCACUCUUGGUCAAAUCCUCACAUUGCGUAGAAUAAUCGAGGAAAUCACAUUUUGCAAUAAAACUGCAGCUCUUAUCUUUGUUGACAUCAGCAAAGCUUUUGACUCAGUCAACCGCGAGACUAUGUUUGAAAUUCUUGAACUCUAUGGCAUACCAGUAGAAAUCAUUGAAGCAAUCAAAGUAUUGUAUACAAACACACAGGCCACUGUCCUGACCCCAGAUGGUGAAACAGAACCUUUCGACAUUCUGGCUGGCAUUCUCCAAGGCGACACUCUAGCACCAUUCCUUUUCAUCAUUGUAAUAGAGUACAUCAUGCGUAUAUCAGUGGAUACAAUCAAAGAAAAUGGACUGAUGUAUCAGCCUAUGCAUGUGCAUACUUUUGUGUGGGAGUACUGUUAUUCUGCAUUAGCAUUAGUGCAUUGGUUAGCAAUGUACAGUGCAUACCAGUACGUGUGCGUUUUUUCGUUCUAUCAUUACAGAUCCUUGAGCUACAAGAAUGUACUAGAUGACGUGUAA